UUCCUCUUUUGUAGGUAGUCAUAGCCUACUGGUAUCGCACAUUCAUGGGCAUAAUGGACUUACUUGGAAUAGAAACUAAGACCUGCUGGAACGUCACCAGGAUGGAGCCUCUCAAUGAGGUUCAGAGCUGUGAAGGAUUGGGAGACCCAGCUUGCUUUUAUGUUGGUGUGAUUUUUACUUUAAAUGGAUUAAUGAUGGGAUUGUUCUUCUUAUAUGGUGCAUACUUGAGUGGGAGUCAAUUAGGAGGUCUGAUUACAGUAGUGUGCUACUUUUUCAAUCAUGGAGAGGCCACCCGUGUAAUGUGGACACCACCUCUUCGUGAAAGUUUCUCAUAUCCAUUCUUUGUACUUCAGAUGUAUAUUUUAACUACAAUUCUCAGGACCUCGAACAUUCAUAAAAGACAAUACAUGGCUCUCUGUUUUUCCAAUGUUGCUUUUAUGCUUCCAUGGCAAUUUGCUCAGUCCAUACUUUUUACACAGAUAGCAUCAUUAUUUCCUAUGUAUGUUGUGGGAUACAUUGAGCCAAGCAAAUUUCAGAAGAUCAUUUACAUAAAUUUGGGCUCGGUUAUUUUUUGUUUCAUUUUGAUGUUUGGAAAUCCAGUGUACUUGAGUUCUUAUUAUUCUUCAUGUUUGUUAGUAACCUGGGCUAUAAUGCAAAAGAAAAAUAAAAUUCAAAGAUUGGGAGUAUCUGAACUCAACCUUUGGCUGAUCCAAGGUUGUGCUUGGUGGAGUGGAACAAUUGUUUUAAAAUUUCUGACAUCUAAAAUGUGUGGCGUUUCAGACCAUAUUCACUUGAGUGACCUGAUAGCAGCCAGAAUCUUAGGGUUUACAGAUUUUGAUACUUUGCUAUACACCUGUGCUCCUGAAUUUGACUUCAUGGAACAAGCCACUCCACUGAGAUACACAAAGACAUUAUUGCUUCCACUUGUUAUGGUGAUUACUUAUUUUAUCUUUAAAAAGAUUGUUCGUGAUAUUUUCUAUGUCUCAUAUCCAAACACUUGUCUAAGAAAACAGCUCCUUGAUCACAGUGAGCUGGUUUUCCACACCUUGCAGUUGCUGGCAUUCAUGGCUCUGGCCAUUUUAAUUAUGAGGCUGAAGCUGUUUUUGACACCACACAUGUGCAUUAUGGCUUCCUUGAUCUGCUCCCGACAGCUCUUUGGCUGGCUUUUUUGCAGAGUUCAUUUUGAAAAUCUUGUCUUCGGUAUUCUGAUUAUGAUGUCAAUACAAGGCUGUGCAAACCUCCAUAACCAAUGGAGCAUAAUGGGAGAGUUUUCUAACCUGCCCCAGGAAGAACUCAUACAGUGGAUCAGAUACAAUACCAGGCCAGAUGCUGUCUUUGCAGGCACCAUGCCCACAAUGGCAAGCAUCAAGUUGUCUACACUCCAUCCCAUCGUGAACCACCCACAUUAUGAGGAUGCAGACUUGAGGGCUCGAACAAAAAUGGUUUAUUCUGCAUAUAGUCGAAAAUCUGCAAUAGAAGUGAGAGAUAAAUUGUUGGAAUUACAUGUGAAUUAUUAUGUUCUAGAAGAGGCAUGGUGUGUUGUGAGAACAAAACCUGGAUGCAGUAUGCUUGAAAUCUGGGAUGUGGAAGACCCUUCCAAUGCAGCUAAUCCUCCCCUGUGUAGCGUCCUGCUCAGGGAUGCGAGGCCUUAUUUCACCACAGUAUUUCAGAAUAGUAUGUAUAGAGUACUGAAGGUUAACUAAGAAUGAAACUCUCCACCAUGCUGUGGCGAAAAGAUCUAUAUCAAAACCAAAUACUUCUGGACUUAUUUACAUCAGUAAAAAUCACAAGCUUUAAUAAGAGACACUUAGAAACAAGGUAAAAUUAUUUAAAGUUUUCUCGUUGCUAACAGUAAAUUACUUUAUUGUUUCCCAUUGAAUGACAGCCCUGUUAGCUUUUCAUGUAAAUGAUGAAGCCAUUUCAUA